AUGACGCCGAUCAACUCGAACACGUCUGCGACAGAGAGCAAUUCUCGUCAGGAUGAUAUCCCCAAUCCCAUUCUGCCUGACUCGAUGGGCUCUUACGACCCUCGUGCCAGCAUCACGUCCAACGCUGACGCCAGCAACUCACCCAGCCCAGCGACAAAACCGCAACGCGCACUUGCGCCAGAUCUUCUCCGUGGUCUCUUGAUGGUAUUCAUGGCAUGGGACCACAACACGGUCGCUCUCAACAGCUGGCCUCACGCCACCAGCGGUAAUGAAGCCGAGGCCGAUUCCGUCGUCGUCAAAAACUGGGCAUGGUGGUUCGCCUAUGUCCUCCGAACCCUCGCACACCUAUGCGCCCCGGGGUUUACCUUCUUGUUGGGUAUGGGCGUCGUGUACUUUGGUCGUUCGCGUGCGAAGCUCGGCUGGUCAUCCGUUCGAAUGGCACGACAUUUCGCUGUGAGAGCAGCGCUGUUAACGCUGGUCUCGAGUGCCAUGGGUCUCAUCCUGACCAUGCAGUACUGGAUCUUUAACAUUCCUUUGGUCGCGUUGGCCGUGGAUUAUUUCGUCGUCGGUUUGCUGGCGAUCGGCAUCGCAUACACAGAGCCCGCGUUGGCCUCCGUUUUCGAUCGCUUUGUCGUCGGUGAUGACGCCGAGAGAACGCCUCUCCUAGAACACCCCAACGGCCAAACGCCGUCCGCAACGAAACCAUCCCACAAGGCAGACCGUCUUUCAUGGCACAUCCAUAACUUCCUCAUCCUCGUCCUCUCUUUUGUCACAAUCUGGUGGAAUCACUGGCUCUCUCCAACCCACGGAACCUGCGGCAUCCCAGCGCCCACCCCAACAGCCAGCGACUUCUGGCGCUUCUGGUUCUAUGCGGUCUUCAACCCUCACGUAUUAUCCCCAUUUCCGCCUCUCGGAUGGCUCUCCUUUGCGAUCUUGGGGGUUCUAUACGCGCGCAUCAUGAUCGCCAACCCCGCGGCCACUCGCAAGCAGGUCUACGGCCAUGUGACGAUAGGUCUGGUCUUCAGCCUCUUGUUCAUCCUUACCCGACUCUUUCAUUUCGGUAAUCUCUCAGAAGGAUGUCUUCAGACCCCGGACCAGGCUGCGCAUCCAGACACUAACCCGUACUUGGUUUCCAUCGCGUCGUUCUUUUACGUCGUCAAGUACCCGCCCGAUUUCGCCUUCUUCUGCUUCACGCUUGCUGGGACAUUCUUCCUCCUCGCACUCUUCACGGCCAUACCGCCCGAUUUCUCAACAAAAUGGUUUAAAGCGCUCCUGAUAUUCGGCACAGCCGCUUUGUUCUACUUCGUCGUACACAUACUCGUCAUAAUGGUCGUAGGCCGUCUCCUCGUCAACUUGUUCGGGCACGAUACGGGACGCGGUUCGCCGCUAGACGGAGAGGUAGCCAUGGGUGUCGACAACCUCUGGAUUUGGUGCCUGAAUUUGGCGGUUGGGUUGACGGUCAUGUACCUGUCGUGCAAACGGUUCAGCGUGUUCAAGAUGUCCAAGAGCGCAGAUUCGGCGUGGAGGUUCUUUUAA